AUGGCAAACGCUGUUAUUGUGCAUGUGCAGGUGUCGGGCGUCUCAGGCAGUGUGCUUGAGACGCUUUUUACACAGUGGGACUCCCAGGGGACUCUGCAGUGCAACAGCCAUCCCAACUCCCCACGUCCUGUCUACAUUGUUCUGACAUCAGACGCAGGCUUCCUCGGCCUCUUGAGCGGCCUCCCAAAGGAGCUUCAGCGGCUGUUUCCUGUCACCACACAGCAAGAAAGCUCAGCUGAGGAAGAUUCUGACUUUCUGUGGGAGGUCACCAAAGUUGAAAACACCAGUCACGAGAGUAGAGAAAUGAAUUCCAGCAGGACAAGGGGAAACAAAAGCGAUGUGAAAGAAGAAGUGAGAAGUGUAACUGGAGUUCUCAACCCAACAUAUGUGCGAGUGAUGCCUGCAGGGGGCCAGUGUUAUGAACCUGGCCCCUUCUUCCCCACCAUCCCCCGUCAUAUGACCAGGGUGGGAAUCAGUCGGAGACGCAACCUGUUACUUCGGCCAGAUUGGCUGGUGACCGGAGGAUUGCUAUUUGGAGCUGUGGUCGUCCUCUGUUUAUGUGUUACAGUGCUGAUCCUGUUUCGUGAAUACGGAUGGCCAGAGAAGGAGCCAAUCAGAGCACGGUAUCGCAUGUUGCAGUUGGCUUACCACAUGGACGAUUACUCAUCAAAAGGUUCAAGGGUGAUCUCCCUUAGAAAGACUCACCGAAGCCAACAAGCCAGAAUGACUCAAGACUCCAUGCAAGCAGUCUGUGCAGACACCUUAGGGGAGUUCUGGGAUUAUGAACACCAGGUGGAUCUGGAGGCAUUCAGCAGCAACACCUUCUACAGCCUCCUGCUCAAACAGAGCCUGUCUGUCACCACACGGCUGGGACAGCUCACCACUGAGGUAAAAGAGCUGUACCAGGGAGUACUUGGGAAACUGCAACUACUCCACCCAUGCCUGAUCACCGAGGAGAGGAUGGGGGAGGGUUAUGAGAGGAUGAGGAGGGAGGUGGAGAGGGAGGUAGUGCGACGAAAGACUCUGGCCUCACAGCUGAGGACUCUGCUCGACAGUCAGCUACAGGUUUACAUGACAUUCCUAUCUGUUCUGAGGCAAGAACAACAGGCCCAGCAGAGGGUCCACAGUGUGUUCACAGCUCAUCUCAGAGAGUGCACCAGAUUACUGUCAAAGGUUUAUAACAACAACCAGGCGUCCUGGGAGCUACACCAGCAGAAUUUGAUCCAGAGGCUAACAUCCCUGAUGGAUGAGAUGGGAGAGCUGGUAUCAGUAGAGUGUCAGCGUCAGGGGGCAUGGGAGUUGUUGGGUGAGGGUACAGGGGCCAAGCUGCUCUGCCCUGACACUGGAGCUGUGCUGACUAAGGACCACAUCUUUGGUCCUGAUGGAUCCCUGCGUGUCUGCCAGGCGUUUCAUUAUGAUUCAGUCACAGGCCUCAUAAGGCCGAACGCUCACACCCAUAUGCUGCUGAGCAGCUGCCACACCACGGCAGUGCCACCUAACUUCUUCCUCCACCCUCAGACUGGCCAUGUUAUGCCAAUUGUUGGCAAUGUGGCCUAUGAUCCUACAACCUCUACUUUAGUGUUUAUGACCGACCAAUGUACAGGUGACAACAGAAAGUGGGACAGUCCCCUUCUUCCUUUCAUUCCUUACCCAACUUCCUGCCACUCAGACCAGCCUCUGCCCAGCACUCGGCUCAGAGGCCUCAGACCGGGCCAGAGACUGCAGCUGGGAGUUCCCAUGGCAGACCCAGACACGGGGGUCCCAGUACCCAUUCUGGCUGUGACCAUCCACCCCCAGACUGGACAAGUCUACCCACUGGGAGGGAUGCAUGUCUGCCCCAUCACCCGCCUGCCUCAGCCCAUACAGAUUGGUUAUCCUAUGCUGGACCCCAGGACGGGGAACAUUGUGCUCACAGUUGGGGUCAGUUUAGAUCCAGCAACAGGAACUGUGCUGCCAGUAGGUGGAGUCCUUUUGGUGGAGUCCUUCAUUGAACCCCUGAGUGGGCGGAUGGUGAGAGUAGGAGGGGCCAGCAUGAGGGUGGGACAAGUGGUGCCUAAUGCAGGAGGAUACCAAGCUUUACUAGACGGCAAGGUUCUGGCAGUGAUGUUUAAAGUACUGGAUCUCCUAAAGCCACUAACUGAGGAGUGGGGCUCGGAUCCAACUUUGCAGCAUCUGCAGUCCCAUCCAGGCAGUGAGAGAGGGAGUGGCCGACAAGAUCAUCUUCUUGCUGCGACCAAGGAGCUGCAGCAGGCCUGGGGAAGGAGCCUGCACUGUCAGCUCCAGUUACAGACCAGGUUACAGUUCUUGCUGGACUGGGCCGUGGGUCUCCAGGAGGAUGGAGGGAAUUUGGGAGAGAUGCCUCUCUCAGGCUCCGAUAUGUGUGUGCCAGCUCUGCUGGGGAUGGAGUACCCUGACCCCAUGGGAUCUGGUCUUAGUGUACCUGUGCUGGGAUGCCAGACUGACCUCAUCUCUGGGAUUACAAUACCCUUGGCAGGUACCAUGGAGGACCCCGAUGGAAAAGGCCUAGUGGCGAUCCGUUAUGGAGCUCAGACUGUUGAUCCAGUGACAGGGGUAUUGGCCCCAGUGGUUGGAGCUAGGCUGGAUGCGUCCAGAAAAAACGUUGUGCCUCUUACAGCUUCCUACUGGUUAACGGUGGCAGAUCAAACUGAUAGUGUGCAGGUGGAGGCGCUGCAGAGAGAGUUGUGUGUGCGAAAUAUUUACUGGCAGCAUCAGAGGCAGCGGGAGGAAGAUCUCCUCUCUGAUCUGGACUCAGCUCUUUCCCAGUGUCUCUCUAGAAUCACAGAAGUUAACUCUUCUCAGCAGGUCCAGUGGUCAGGGAGACAGCUGAGGGAAGCAGUGGUGGAGCUGCAGGAAUCAUCGCAGGCCGAGGCCCAGAGGAGAACGGCUCAGCACUCCCACUUGGCUCUGAUCCUGCCUCUAUGUGUUUUACACAUCCUCACACUGGGUGACGAGGAGGAGUGGGAUCAGCAGAAUGUUUGGCACUCAGAGCUCUUGUCAGGCCUUGAUAAAGUGGAUGUGUGUAUGGAGCAGCUGCAACAAGACCAAGAUAAAUGGACAACACAGGGAGGAGACUGGGCUACAACCCUGCAUGCUAUGGGUAGACAGCUGAGACAUAGAGACUUGUGGGAGCAGUGUUGUUCCAGACAGACAGAGCUUGAGGCUGCUCUCGGUGCGCUGCACUUUGUCAGACACCUUUCUCAGCUUCGCGCCGACACUGCUCAGGCAGUAUUAUGUGGGAACGUUUGGUACAAGGAAUUUGGUUUGGCUCAGUGCCAAAAGCAGAGACAGCAGGUCAUGGGUUUGAUACAACAGAAGGUUCUGCCUCUGCUGGAGAGACUGAACCAGCUCCUGGAAGACAAACAGCCUGCCAGCUUCUUCACCAACACCUGCAAUCAGCACAGCUCAGGUUCGUCAACAAAGCAGGGAUAUGGGUUGGACAUAGCCUCUAGAGUCUGGACAGCCUCUAUGCCUGUGGUGAAAGGAAACUCCACCCAGUCUCUGAGAGAGCCUGUCAAUUUAGUCCAAUCCCAGGACACUGGUCUGCAGGCCAGCUCACCACCAACACACAACUCGCAAAGACACACUGCAUCUUCUGGCAUUCACUCCCAAGAAGAAGAGUGGACCAAGCUACUGGAGCUCUCCCCUCUGUUCCAGCUGCUGAAGGUGGUGGAGCUACAGCUGAAGGGCUGGGCCUGUGGGGCGGGGCUUCUUAGUGGAGAGCUCAUGGACGGAGGCAAGAGUUUUGUAGAUGUCCUUGAUGCUCAGUGGGAAUGUGAAGGAGAGCUGAUUCCUUUGGACCCAUCAGUCCUUAACCCCAGAGAGUUCCUGGUCUACCAGCAUGGACUAUUCCUGAUGCACACAUUGCAUAAUAUGAACCUGACUCCAGCCAUUUCACUUCAGAUAGCUGCCAGUCUCCCAAACAACAACUACUUGAACAACGCCUUCAGAAAUUCCUUCUUUUAUCAGGAGGCAGAGGAGACGCUCUUUGUCCGACGCCAGAGGCUCCACUCUGUUGGAGGCUUCUCUCUGCUGCUGCUCCACUGUCUGUCCCAUGUCAAAAUUAAAGACAUGAGCACUGAUUCCAGUCCUGCCUUCCAGAGGCUUUUCUUCAAGGUACUGCAGGCAUGUCUGGGGGAGCUGUUUCAGGCCAGACUGGGUAUGCCUACCUCUGGACAGGAAGCCAAUUUGUUUUCAGGAGACUUACAUGGGAUUCUGUCAGACUCUCGUGCUGCCUCCUUGCUUUACAGGCUUCACAAACCAAGCAGAGGAUUGCUGUCUGAAGAUGAAGUUGAAGAACUCCAGAAGAAGCACAAAGAAAUGUCUCUGUUCUCCCAUCUUGAAUGGCUUUUGAGGGACAAAAGCUCUACAGAGAAAGGCGGAGACCAGAUUGGAUAAACAAAUGUACAGACCGCCCUCUUUGACAAAAUCCUGAGUUUUUCAUAAUAAUCUAGCAGUUCAAGGGAGUCAUGCAAAUGGAAGAAUAGCAAUGAAAGUAUGUUUGCAUUAUGUUGCAUCCCAACUUUUUUGUUUCUUAAGAUCUUGUAAUCACUGAUCACAAAAAACGAAUCAUGUUAAAGGGUUUUAUUCUUAUUUUUUAUUUUUCAAAACAAUUAUUCAACUGAAAAAAAUGACUUUAUACAAAUCAUACAUGUUGCUGUGUUGCUUUUGAGACCACAAGAAUUUUAAUGGCAAUCCUGGGGUCUUUUUGUGGGUAGCUACACAGACCAACAUAUGUGUACAAUCUGUGUGUGCAUGUGGACACAUUUAGACAUCUGUUUCUUUUUAAGCGUGAAGGAGGGGCGGUCCAAAGUAACAGCAGCUUUGCAGACAUUCCAACACUUCUGAUGGCAAAAACUGGUGCUUUUAA